CUUUCAUAUGGGGUCAACAUCUAAAUCUGAUAAUCUAAUAAUGGAAUUGUCUUUUAUUAAAAAGGAAGAGCCCGUUGAUUACGAUCUGAUAGAUGAUAGUGUAAGGGAUAUUUAUACCAUUACCAUUAAAGAGGAACCAACAUCUGACUGGAGCAGUGGCUACGAUGCUAUUACACUGAAAUCAGAGGAUUGUGCUAAAAAUGAAACAUUGUCCGAAGUGGAAAACUUCGAUGUCAGUUGCCAUCAGUCUAAAGAAUGGACUGGUGCGGGAAAUGUCUCAACGACAGCAACGUUGAAAUCAAAAGUCCAUCAACAAUUUUGGUGUUACGAAUGUCAUACUGUGUUUGAACGGAAAUCGUACUUAACGAAGCAUCUGAAAAUCCACGGCUGCGGCUCGGACAAAGGAGUAUGCAGCGUGUGCAAAAAGUCCUUUCCAAAGUCUAUCAUCAGGUUUCAUGAGCUUUUUUUUCACCAAGGACCUCCAUACCGCUGUUCAAUUUGUGACAAAGAGUUCAAAGCCUGGACCGGUUUUCGACAACAUAGAAAGUUACAUCGCGAUAAGUUAUUUGAGUGCGAUGUUUGUCAUAAGCAUUUCAUGACGAAAGGAAAUUUGGAAAGCCACAUUCAGACCCAUAUCGAGCGAGAGAAAACAUUUCAGUGCAAACUUUGUGGACACCGUUUCUUCCGGAAAAAUACGCUACUUCGUCACAUACGGAAUUUGCAUACUUCACGAACAAAAUCCGUAUGCUCCGGAUGUAAUCAGGCCUAUUUUCGUUUGAAAGAACACAAGUGUGACCAACCUUCGAAAAGAAUUCACUGUGACAAGUGUGCAAAAGUAUUUUUUGAUCCAUUCAAACUUGUGCUACACGCACAACAAAACUGCGCCGAACAGAUAGUGUACGAGUGUGCAUUAUGUACUCGAAAAGUACCAAAUAAACAAUACAUUCGGCGGCAUUUCGCCAAAUACCAUCUAGUGAAAGGACAGAGUUUCAAAAAACCAAACGAUUCCAAUGCAUUUGAAUGUGACUGUUGCAGAAAAGUGUUCCAAUAUAAAAGUUCAUGUAUCCGGCACGAGAAAAACUGUAAAUUGCGCACCGAUUGGUCGAAAAAAUAGCGAAUACUUCGUGUGCGACAUUUUGUGGACGCAUUUUUAAGCCAAAAAUUCGGCAUUAUCGAACAUAUGAGAAUGGUGCAUUCGACGCAUUCUCUGUUGGGUGGAAAAUGGAAACGAAAUCUAUGAAAAUUAUGUGGUCAGGCAUUGAAUUCCGCCUAUAUGGUGACUAAACCGAUAAAUGUAAUUUCCAAUGUCGACAAAUGUAGCUCAAUUCAUGCCAACCGUUAUUCGUUUAUUAGACAACGUGCAUAGAACAUAAAACAGUUAUUAUCACACCCUCAGACAUAGUGAACAAUGUAACAAUUGUGACACAAUGUUUCAGUGGAAAGAUUCUAUGCCGUAGUUUGUUCGAAGUUUUUUUGUAAAUAUUUAGCUCAAUAAGUUUCAGAAUU